GAGGGAGGGAGGGAGAGAGAGAGAGAGAGAGAGAGAGAGAGAGAUGCUGUAUGUGGAAUCCCCCACCCUGGAAACUCUGAGUUUAAAGAGUCUGAACAGAUGCACUUAGAGAGAGUUCUGCAUGAGCAGCAGCUGUUGCAGCAAACAAUACUAAGUUAGAUCAUAGAUCAAGGAAAGCCUCAAUUUUGCAAAAAGGCAUUGAAUUUAUUUAUUCAAUGUAUUUACUUGCAGUGUAACAAAUUAUUCUUGGGGAAUAUCACAUAACUAGACACAGCAGAAAAGGAUCUUAGCAAUUUACCAGAGGAAAUUUAGAUGCACAGAUCAUGACCAGCAUUACGUUAUAAGAACAGCGUCUACCAAUGGCUUUUUAUGACCAAGUUCACAUAUAGUGGUUUAAUCUGUGGUUUAAGUAAACCACCAUUGGCUCCUUUCCCAUAACAUAAUGAAUCACUUUGGUUUGCAAAUGGAUAGCUACUGUCUGGAUUCUCAUAAUAUAGUAUCGUAAGCCAAAAUAAACCCCUAUUAGGGCUUAACGUGUGUAAACUGAAUUAAUCCCUUGAGCAGGGAUUUGGAAAGUGAGUAGAAAAGAAAUAACAUCAAAUGUAGUUUCCAUAACCACGAUGGACUAUUUUUUAUUUUAAUAGAAAAUGUUGACUCUUGUUUUGUUUUCAUUUAACAACUAAUUACCCCAACUUCCCUCAGUAAAUGUCUCCAAUUUUCCGAAGCUUGGAUGUUUAUUACAUUCUGGAAAUUAUUACUAUAACAACAAAUUGCCUUCCAGCACUGAAGGCAAUGACAUGUGCCAACUUUGGUGGAUUCUUUUGUUAAUAUCAUGUAUAUCUUUUGGCUUUCUUUUAGCUGCUUCUGCAGGCACAUCAAAGAUAUUCAAGCUCGUUCUUUUUAGAUUCACUGAAGUAGCAGAGCUAGAAGAACAUGUAUUAAUCUUGUCGCCAAGUACCUAGGCUUCAACAGAGAAUAUUAGGAGCCAAAAAUACAACACAGCAAUGCUAGCCUGAGAACUAUCCUCCCCCUUUUCACUUUGCCCUGAAGGAACAGAAUCUCCCAGGUUCUGUCUUCAGAAAGCAGAGGUGUUUCUCCAUUCCACUGUGCUUGUUAGCUAAAGAUUUUGAAAAAUUCUACUGAGACUAAAUUCUCUUUUCCCCUCUUUGAUUCAUAGCCAAGAGAGGAGUUCCUGGCAGCCCUGUCUCCUCCCCCUCUCCUCUCCUCCCCCUCGUCUCCUUUAAAAGAAGGAACUGUAAUACUAGCACCUUAUUUUCUUGCAGACUAAAAUUGAGACCCAAACUUGCUCUCUCCUUGGUGCUGUGUCUGCUUCCACCAGAGAGCGGACCUUUUGCUUCCUUGCUGCAACAGAGUGCAAGGAUCAGCGAGAGCAACUGCAGCAAUUCUAGGAGGUUUUGCAAGACUUUACACACACAUUUGCUGCAGCAAGAACCAUUUGCUCACCUGUCUGCAAACAUAACAACUGAAGCCUCAAAACUCUUCCUCAACCAAGGCUACCACUGCUCUUUGGAAAGACGGCUGGCGGGGGAAGCUCAGCCAAAUGAUUCCAAGCAAAGGGCUGGUGUAAGUCAAAUCAGAAAAAAAUGAGAGACUUGAAGAUCUUCAUUCUCCCUGUAUGGUUUUCAAUGGUUGAAGUUUAAUGCUUUGAAGAAACAGUCUAAAUCAUUUUGCUUUUGCCAGCAGACUUUUUUUUAUAUCUUUUAAGAGGACCUGAUUUCAUGUGAACUGCCAAAUCUAGGGAAACCGACCUUGCACUGCACUACUAGGGACUCUCCUUCAAUGUGUCUGGAACUUUUGGGGAUUGGAGUCGGCAUGAAUUUUGGACUGCUUUUCGUGUUUCUCUGUUACCUGCCACUCAUCAGCAGUGAGGGAGACCCCAUUCCUGAAGAAAUAUAUGAAUUACUGCGUGACAGCUCGGUGCGCUCCAUCAGAGACCUCCAGCAGGUCCUGCAGAUAGAAUCCGUAGAUGAAGAUACCUCUAGUUCAUACAUGAAUUUUACCCAGAUGCAUGCUGGUGAAACUGUUCCUUUGUCCCGUGGAAGACGAAGUUUAGGUGGAGCAGAACCUAUUGAGCCAGCAGUAAUUGCUGAGUGCAAGACACGGUCUGAAGUCUUUGAAAUCUCCCGGAGCAUGGUGGAUUCAACAAAUGCCAAUUUCCUUGUGUGGCCACCCUGUGUAGAAGUGCAACGGUGCACAGGCUGUUGCAAUACCCGAGCGAUGCAAUGUCGUCCACAGGUUCGGGUGCGACAUAUCCAGGUAAAUAAGAUUGAAGUUGCUGAAAAGAAGCCAGUCUUUAAUAAAGCAAUUGUAGCCUUAGAAGACCACCUGGCAUGCCGAUGUGAGCCAGUAUCACCCAGGCUUCCCAGUCGGGAAAAUUCACAUGAGCACAGAGGUGAGCCCCCAGUAAGUGCUGUAACUUCUCCUCCAGCAAGGGCAAGAGCACACAGGUUGCUGCCACAAAAGAGGAAGCAUCGAAAGUUCAAACACGUACAUGAUAAAAAAAAGCACUGAAAGAAAUUUUCCCAGCAUAAAAAUGCUGGCAGGCAGAAGUACAAAUGUCAGGUUUAUUUAAUAUAUUUGCUGUAUAGCCCCCAUGGGGUUAUCAAAAGUUUCUCUCCGUCCAUCUGCCUCAAUGCCUUUUGGACGGCCAACGGUGCUUCCCAAUUCCUCAUUCGCUGAAUGUUUUCUCACCAAAGUUUGCCAUUUAAGUUCAUAGUGGCAUUAUGUCCACCUCUUGAAGAAGAAAAAAAAGAGAGAGGAAAUAAAGAGCAAAACGACAGCAAUGGGCAUGGACAAUGUGCUUUUUGCUGCAACAAAUGCUAUCGAAAUGUUGCAAGACUUGUGGCUCAAAUGCAUUUUGCAAGUGGUGGGUUUGAGGAAAACAGGAAUAUAACAAGGUUAUUUUUUCCUUUUUUUUUCCUUGCCCCAUCUUGGACUUAACUGGACUCAGGUUGUUUACUGUGGCAGUGGGCAUGUCAAGAGAGUCAGUAUGGCAAACCGUGACAGCAGAUGCACUAAGGACUUUUACUGUCAUGUUUCCACUGAUACGUUUAAUGUCUUCGUGUAUAUUUCAUUUUUCAUACCAUGCCUUGGGGAACUGAAGCAAUCAAUACUAAAUACCCAUUCCUGACCCUUUUUGGAAACAGGCUGGGAACAAUUAUGUUGGGAGUCCAUCUUACCCAUCCCCAUUCAAAGCUUCCUCAUGGGUCAAAGAAGUAAUUUCUGAAAGUGAUGUUAAGAAAGACUUGGCUCCUCCUGUCAAUUGAGUUUAGAGAUGUUUCUGCUAAUAAAUUUACAUCGGGGAAAGUAAGAGUUGCGACUCAUGGACAAAUUGGGGCUUCUAGCACCACUGUUGGGCUAUUUUUGCAACCACUGCCUCCGUAGUUGCUAGAAAAAAGCAUUGCUUUUUAGUAAACAGGGCCACAGCAAUGUUCCAGCAUGUUGUUUUAAGAUUAGGCAGUAUACACAGGCAAUCAGCAUCAGCAUCUCAAUAAAUGAUCUCAAGUGCCAGUGGAGGUAAAGAGGUCUCUGCUUAGGACCAUAAAAACUCUUGCUACUCCAGAUAAAUAGCAGCUGUUUCAACCAAUAAUUGUUAAAAUACAGGUAUACAGCAUCAGCCUUCAUUUGUAUGUCAUUUUUUCCUCUAGCAGUCAUUUUGGCCCAGAUGCAGUCUUAUACAGGGGCGUAGGUGGAGUUGGGUAAAGGGUCAGAAGUUUUAAAAAAAUAAAGAUGGCAGUUGCCCUUGCCAUCUUGACCUUACCCCAAUCCUGGACACCCCAAGUCUUACAGCACUAAUCUCAGGUUAAUAUCUUCCAAAUUAUAAAAACCAAGCUGUGUAAAAUCUUAGAAAGCCAUACAAUGCUGCACAAUGUAUUGAAUAUAUAAAAGUUAAGUGGUGCUGAAUAUCAUUACACAAAGUGCUGCUGGCCCCAUCCCAGUCCAAUUAGUAAUAUCUGAUGGAGAUGGCAGACUUAUCUCUCUUUGGGUCUCCAGCUUGGGAUUUACUCUAUUUGAAAAGGUGAUAAAUAAGUUGUUCCCUGUCACUAAAUGCAAAAUUCACUGUGUCUUCUGUCAAGACAGUAGCCUUC